AUGAAGUUGUCAGUGGUUUCGACACGACAUACAAACAUAAAAUGCGAAGUCUUUGAUAAUCUGUAUGCUGAGGCGCCUGUCUGUCGCCUGAAUGUGCUGGGACGUGGCAUUAUCGGAGCCAAUAUCCACAUUAAACUUCUCAAACUACCAGUUCGGAAGGUAAAAAUAAACUUCAGUGUUUGGAAGAAACUAUCCGGCUACCAUCCGUUCCUGUUUAACGUCACCGUGGACCUUUGCCACCACAUGAAGCACCCGAAUCCGUUGACCGUCUUCUACUACUUCUACGCUUCCUUCUUGCCCUACAUUAAUUUGAAUCACACUUGCCCCGUCAAUGUGAGUACACAUCUCCCAUCAUACAUAUGCGAUUGACUCUCCUCCUUUUGCACCUUGUAGCACGAUAUAAUUCUGAAGAAUUUCGUUUUGAAUGAACAAAUGUUCUCCAAAGUUCCCAUGCCCAUAGGAAGCUACAUGUUCAUGAUCAAAAUAUUAACAGAGGAUGUGUGGAGAGGGACAAUUUACUCCUACGUGGAUAUCAAUGUAGAUGAUAGUUCCAGUCUGAAGUUGGGCUAG